UUUGUUUCAAAAUUUUUUUUUUCAACAGACAAUUAAAUCAGGUAAAUCGAUGACCACUUGCCACGGUAUAAGAGUGUGUGUUUAUAUGGCGGUAAAAAUAUUUUUUUCCAACCGAAAAAAACACUUUUAGUCUAUGAAUAUGGCCAACAAUAACUUUUUGCCAUACUAAAUUCAAAUCGAUCACAUUAGAAGCCUGGUUUAUACGUUGAUAUCAUCAUAUGCGAGUGUGUGUGUGUGUGUGUGUGAAUUCAAUUUGUUUGUCUGUGUGUGUGUGUUUUGGUUUGACCGAUCCUUCUCCUAAUCAGCCACAAACGAUUGAUUUCGAAAUUUGAAAAAAAAUUUCCGCCUUUUAUCAAUUGAAAUUUCUUCGAUCGAUACUAAUAAUUUAUUGAUUAAUUGUUUUUCAUCUGUUUUUGUUUUGUUUCUUUUUUUUCAAUCUCGAAAUGCCUUUUCGAAUUCGUAUAUUUACUGGCCUAUGGCUUGUUAAUAAACAAAAUAAAUGUUUUGGUCAACAACAAUUUAAACGAUCAUUUUUUACACAAAAUAUUGAUUUUACCAAAUCACGAAUAUUGACUGAAUAUGAAAGCCGUGUACGUUUGAAACAGAUUCAUGAUGAUCCACAUCAAACGGCUGUUAUUGAACGUUUAUUACAAUUGGAUGAACAGGUAAAAGAUUAUCAACCAUCAUCCAAUACGUAUACAACAUCGAUUUCUCGUUCAAAUCAAAUUGUUUCGAAAUUAUCAUCAUUAUUUAUGUCAUCAAAAUUAAAAUCACAAUCAAUGAAACCAGAACAACCGGUUAAAAAUCGUGGCCUUUAUCUACACGGUAGUGUUGGCUGUGGUAAAACAAUGUUAAUGGAUCUAUUCUAUGAAAAUUGUUCGGUUGAUCCUAGACAAAAACGACGUGUUCAUUUUCAUUCAUUUAUGUUGGAUUUUCAUAAUCGUUUCCAUCAACAUAAACAACGACGUAAUGAAUCAUUGUUUAGUCACAAUACAAGCGGUGGUGGUCGUGCAUCAUUUGAUUUUGAUCCAAUACCAAUUAUUGCCAAUGAAAUUGUACAAGAAUCAUGGUUUAUUUGUUUGGAUGAAUUUCAAGUGACCGAUAUUGGCGAUGCAAUGAUAUUGAAACAUUUUUUCAAACAAUUAUUUGCCCAUGGAAUGAUUAUGAUUGCUACAUCGAAUCGACCACCCGAUGAACUAUAUAAAGGUGGCAUACAACGUAGCAAUUUCUUACCAUUCAUUGAUCUAUUAAAAAGACAUUGUGAUGUAUAUGAAUUAGCAUCCGGUAUUGAUUAUCGUCGUUUAGUCGAUUCGAAAAAACAUCAAGUUUAUUAUAUAAAAAAUUCAGAUACAGAUAAAACAUUGGAUUUAAUAUUCAAAGUAUUUGCUAAUAAUGAAAAUGAUUCAAUACGGCCAAAAACAUUAACGAUAAAAGGACGUAAUGUUACAUUGAAACGUACAUGUGGUGGUAUAUUGGAUUCAUCGUUCUCGGAAUUAUGUGAUCAACCAUUAGGUGCAAUUGAUUAUCUUACUAUUGCUCAAUAUUAUCAUACAGUUAUUAUACGUGAUAUACCAAAAUUAACGAUGAAAUUACGUGGCCAAGCACGACGAUUCAUCACUAUGAUUGAUACAUUUUAUGAUCAUCAUAUACGUGUUAUUUUCAGCAGUGAUGUUCAAUGUGAUGAAUUAUUUCAAGUACAACGUAUUGAUGAUGUACUUGCCGAUGAUGAUAAUCGUAAAUUAAUGGAUGAUCUUGGCAUGACCAAUGAUGAUCUGAAUGCUGCCAUUUUUAGUGGUGAAGAAGAAAUGUUUGCAUUUGAACGUGCAUUAUCACGUGUUUAUGAAAUGCAAACAGCUGAUUAUUGGGAUGCAAAAAAAAUUUGAUUCAUACACCAAAUUACACAACUUUAGUCAUCAUCACCAUGUUGAUCAUUUUGACCUUUAAAAAAUUA